AUGAUGCGUUUGGGCCAUUUGGGCUUGCGCUCCCGUCUGCAUUUUUCGACCAGAAUGACGUCGCAGGUGGUUCGCCCUCCGCUUCCACCUUUCAAUUUGGCUGAUGCUGAGCAAAAGGUUCGCAUGGCAGAAGAUGCCUGGAAUUCUCGAGAUCCUGAGAAGGUGAGCUUGGCAUACACUGAGGACUGCAUUUGGCGGAACCGAGAUUGCUUCUUCCAGGGAAGAGACGCUAUUGUUCGCUUUCUUCGAGAAAAGUGGGAAAAGGAGACGGAGUACCGCCUGAUCAAAGAAUUGUUUGCGUUCGAAGGACACAGAAUUGCUGUGUGCUUCCAGUACGAGUUUAAAGACGCAGAUACAGGCUCCUGGUACCGGGCCUAUGGAAAUGAAAACUGGGACUUUGCAGAGAAUGGACAAAUGAAGAGGCGCCAGGCCACUAGGCCAAGUAAGUAUGCCAGGGUAGACCGGCGCUUUACAUGGGAUUUAGGCCCUCGGCCUUCUGAUUUUCCUGGCCUGACGGAUCUCGACGAUCAAUUUGGAAUGUUGCUUUGA